AUGUCCUGGCUCUUUUUCUCAGCUGGCACACGAAACGCAAGACUGGCAAGCUGCACCAGUGCCAUUGCGAACAUCUAUGCACAGAUACCUGGGUCACAAACCAGAACGGGCCAAUUAGAAGGAUAUACACUUAUCGACAACGCUAGCCUGCAGCACGACAGUGAUGGUAACACUUGGUCGAUGAUCUCUGCGGACUUCACGCACUCCCAGGCCAGCGCCAUGGAGUGCAUUAAGGCUUUCUUCAUCAUCUCAAUCGGCCAAGGGGGUCCUUCAUGGGUUAUUAGUGACACAUUCCUUUACAGUCCUGCUUAUGUUAGUUUUGCUGCGCUAUCAGAGACUGCUAUAGCUCAGAAUGGUGUCGAAGCUGCCGUACCAUCCCCGACAAACGCCAUGUGGUGUCGCGUCAGAUUUGAGUGCAAUCAUUUUACCGUCACUGCUUUAGGAGUCAGGAAGGUUCCACUAGAUCAUGUCAACACGUACGCAUCAUUCUGGAGGGCGGUGAAGACGACCUAG